GACUCGCGAAUGUUUCUAGCACGCCGCACAAGUCCUCAACUAACUACACAAUUACUACGUAAAAGCUACGUCAAGCAUUUCGUCGCGCUUUUGUGGUCGGCAUGGCAGGACAAGGUUACCAAAUCAGCGAGAUCGAUGGGGACCUUUUCUCGGCUCCCAAGACGCACUCGCUGGCCCAUUGCGUGGGCGCUGACUUGGCCAUGGGCGCGGGCAUAGCUGUGAAAUUCAAGGAGGUCUACGGCAAGGUCGAUGAGCUGCGUGCCCAGAAGGCGGCCAGCGGUGAUGUGGCUGUGCUCAAGGACAAUGAGCGCUAUAUUUACUAUCUGGUGACGAAGCCACAAAGCUGGGGAAAACCCACAUACGAGUCCCUGCAGUCCUCACUGGAGCAGAUGCGCGAACACAUGCGCAAGAACAACGUAAAGCAGCUGGCCAUACCGCGCAUCGGUUGCGGCAUUGAUGGCUUGGAAUGGGAGAAGGUGAGCGGCGUGCUGGAGUACGUGUUCGGGCAGGAGCCGCUGGAGAUUGUGGUCUACAACUUUGUGCCCCCACCAAGCCAAUAA